AUGUCGCUGCUGGCACACGGGAGUGAGGAGAAUAGCCGCGCGGCCGUCCCCAUGGCCGGCGGCGGCAGCUCGGCGGUGACCUCCCCGGCUGGGUCCUCUGAGGACUGCGGGGCUGGCGAGUGGUGCCGCAUUUACGACCGGAUCGAGGCACUGCUGCCGCGUGUCGAGGCGCUCGCCGGCGACCGCGCGCGGUUGGAGGGAAUCGUCGAGCUGUCGGAAGCCCGCGAGAAGAGCCUCCACGCCCGCCUCCUCCAGGCGGAGGCCAGCAGGAUGCGCUGGAAGAGGGAGUACAUCGAGCUGCCGCUCUUGGCGAAUCCCAUGAUACCUAAACUCAAAGAGAUCGACUUGAAGGACCGCAUAACGUGUGAAGACGCCGAUAACUCGCAACUCAAGGAAGCUAGAACUUGUGUAGAGCUAAGGCAAAACAAUGAGAAUCAUGAGGGUGUUGCAGGGGAUUUAAGAGCAGAACUAAGAAAACUGAAGCAAGCUUACGAGGCUGUCUGCUUACACAAGGAUUCCUUGGUUAAGGAGAAAGACGAUGAAAUCCAAAAACUCAAAAAUGAGGCUAGUCAAAAGCGCCGAAAGACAGCUGAUGAUAUGCAUCAUGAACAGUGCACGAUGCAGAUCUUUGUCACGAUCCUUAAUCGCAAGACCAUCACUCUCGAGGUCAACGGGUUAGACACGAUCUGUGAUGUCAAGGCUAAGAUUCAAGACAAGGAGUGCGUCCCUCCAGUCCUACAGAGACUCAUGUUUGGUGAUAGGCUGUUGGUGGACAGCCGCACCCUUGAGUCCUACUACAUUCAGAGGGAAUCCACCCUCACCCUUCACCUUGUCCUCCAAGGGAUGCAUAUAGUUGUCAGCGCGCUUGAUGUUGAGAGAGCAGAUACCGUGAAGGCAAAGUUAUUCGAGGAGACUCUUGAUGUUGAGAGAGCAGAUACCAUAUGCAGUGUGAAGGCAAAGAUAUUCGAGGAGACUCUUGAUGUUGAGAGAGCAGAUACCAUAUACAGUGUGAAGGCAAAGAUAUUCGAUGAAACUGGCAUUGUCCCAGCUGAUCAGCACCUUGAGUUUGGUGGGAAGAAUCUGGAGGAGCGCCGCACCUUGACUGACUAUGGCAUACAAAAUGAUUCUACACUUAAUGUCGUGUAUAAUGCGUGGGUUGAUAAGAUACACAUCUCAGUCAGGGCACCAACUGGCAGGACCGUCAUCGAACAUUUUGCUAUGCGGUGGGAGACCAUCGGCAGUCUCAAGGCGAAGAUACAUGCUGAGUUGCGUGUUCCCCCGGAGCAGCAGUGCCUCUUCUUGCGUGGAAAGCUGCUGCAGAACGGCGGCACCUUGCAGUUCUACCGUAUAGAGCCAACCUCGUGGCCAUGCAUCCUCCUUCUGCAGCUCCGCCUUCCUGGUCGCCGGAACAUCGCAACACGAGGACCAGCAUAGCCGAUGUAAGCUAUAGCUGCCGCUUCGCCCUGUUUCCGCCAGAUUUUCACAAGUGGUGCUGUGAUGGUGAAUGUUGGGACGGUCCAUGGUACGGCGCCCACCAGGAGUGCCUCGACACUUGCAAAUGUCCCAAUUAACCCAGGAGGGAAAGUCAUGUAAGAUUUAUGAACAGACCUGUGUUUGGUGGGAAUGCACCUAGUGGUACUUGAUAUCUUAACAAAUGUGAAGCCUAAGAUGUCAACAUUUUUCUGGAGUUGAAUGUAUGCUGAUGCUGACCUUUCAUUCUCUACAAUGGAUCCUAUUCUGACAAGGUUGUGAACUGAAGCCAACAUUCAGUUGUUGUUGCUGCUGCUGCUGUCUACUUGUCAAUUUCAUCUGCAGAGAUAUCCUGUAGAGAUAUAGAUGGAUGGAAAUUGCUCUCGGUUUGCUGAGUUGCUUCAACACAGGCUGUUGAGCGUGUCAUGCUAAGCUUCCUGGUUUCUUCUUCGCAUGGCAUUCUGUUUCAAACUAGGGAAACGGAACAAAGGCUAGGAAUCAAGUAUCAAAUGACAAAUGGAUACUAAAAUAUUAUGUACACUUGAAAGCCAAAUUAGCAUUUGUUCCUACAUACUGUAAUAUAUUUUAAGCUCUAGGGUAUAUGCUAAAUGCCUUCUACUAC